AUGCCGCCGUUCGUCCCCCGCAAGCGCGUCUCCUCCGCGGACCCGCCCCCAGCCAAGCGCCAGGCCCAGGCCAAACCGGCCGCGCCGGUCCCCAUCAUUGAUGAUUCUGACUCCGACUCCGACUUGUCGUCGCUGAGUGAUGCUCCCGAAGGCGACAUUGAGACACCACAGGGACUACACGCAGCUGAUUCCGACGACGAGGAAGAGGAAGAUGUCGACUGGGAGGAUGCGAUCGACACUAAUACGACCAGCGCAACGACGCCCACCGUCGCCGGGCUCCAACCGGAGCUUCAAGAUUUGGAGCUGACACUGGACAAGAAUGAACCACAUGUAUCAGACCUCUUGGAUGGCAAGAAAGGGCCAAGCAAGAUUGAACGCCAGAUCCGCAUCCAGUCUCAUUGCAUGCACGUCCAGUGCUUACUCUUCCACAAUGCUAUUCGCAAUGCCUGGGUAAAUGACAAGGAAGUCCACGAGAUAUUACGUCAUAAGCUGCCGGAGGGGAUUCAUAAAGAAGUCAAGAAAUGGCGCAUAGCGUCCGGGCUGGAGCUCCCCGAACCCAAACCGCAGCCGCCCAAGGGUAAAAAGAAAGGGAAGCAGGCGCAGAAAAAUAAGGACUGGAGCGAAGAUUCUCAGCGACUGGAGCCGGGUCAGCCAGAUAUGAGCAGGGGUGAUCCUUUGAUUGGCUUGCUCAAGAUUCUGGUGGCAUAUUGGAGGAAGCAAUUUCGCGUUACUGCGCCCGGUCUGCGGAAACAUGGCUAUCGCCCGAUUGCCUCGCUGGAAGCGGUUAUAAAUGAUUUCCGGAAUGAGGAACAUGACCCCGAGCGGCAUGGAGAGCGUAUAGCCACUAGGGAGGAGUUUCGAUCUGCCGCAGAGCGUAUGCAGGGCUCUCGAGAUGUGGGUGCUCAGCUUUUCACGGCUCUUAUCAGAGCUUUGGAUAUCGAGGCUAGGCUCGUGGCUAGUUUACAGCCACUAGGCUUUGGCUGGACCAAAGCGGAAACCUACACGCCAUCAAAGACGGAGGCGAAGCCAGAGGGUUCUGGUUCGGGAAACGAGUCUGACGAGUCCGAAGGAGACACAACCCCUGAAGACGGAACUGCGUUGAAAAAGGGCAAAGCCCAGUAUGACAAGGAUAUGCCCUUCCCUAUUUACUGGACCGAGGUUGCGUCCCCAGUGACUCAUGAGAUCAUCCCGGUCGAUCCUCUCGUUCUCUCGAACCCUGUGGCAACAACGCCCGAGCUACAAGCAGCCUUUGAACCGCGCGGUGUCAAAGCUGACCGCGCCAAGCAAGUUAUAUGCUAUGUGGUUGCAUACUCAGCCGAUGCGACUGCCAAAGACGUGACAACCCGGUACCUCAAAAGACGAACUUGGCCUGGAAAAACCAAGGGCUUACGCAUGCCGGUCGAGAAGAUUCCUAUACCAGGUCAUCGUCGGGGCCAAUACCACGAAUUCGACUGGUUCAGGGUAACCCUGCGUCCGUAUACAAGACCCGCGGACCGGCGGACUAAAGUUGACGAGAUCGAAGACGCAAAAGAUCUUCAACGAAAGCAACCAGAAAAGAAAAAGACAGCCCAGACGACGGAUACCUUGCAAAGUCUCCGCCAAUCCACCGAAUUCGUGCUAGAACGAUUUCUCCGCCGCGAGGAAGCCCUCGUCCCCGGUGCGGAAUCCGUCCGCAUCUUCACCUCUGGAAAAGGUGACAAAGCCAAGCAAGAACCUGUAUUCCGCAGGGCAGACGUUGUCAAAUGCAUGUCAGCGGAGAGCUGGCAUAAAGAAGGACGACAAAUCCUGUCAGGCGCAGUUCCCCUUAAACGAGUUCCCAUUCGAUCCGUGACUCUUCGGCGCAAGCGUGAAGUCGACGAGUUACAGCGCGAGACGGGCGAAAAGCCCAUGCAGGGAUUGUACGCUCGUAAUCAAACAGAGUUUAUUAUCCCCCCGCCCAUCGUCGAUGGUCGAAUCCCGAAAAAUGAUUACGGUAAUAUCGACUGCUUCGUGCCGAGUAUGAUUCCACGAGGAGCCGCACACGUCCCAUUAUCGGGCACGGUACGCAUCUGCAAGAAGCUCGGCAUCGACUACGCAGAGGCAGUCACUGGCUUUGAGUUCGGCUCGAAGAUGGCAGUCCCCGUGAUCCAGGGUGUAGUCAUCGCAGCCGAGAACGAAGAUUUACUCCGGGAUGCGUGGCGAAUUGACGCGGAAGAAAAGCGGAAACGCGAAGAACUCAAAGCUGAGAAACGCAUUUUGCAAACUUGGCGCAAGUUCUUGUUCGGAUUACGUAUUAUGGAGCGUGUGCAGGAGGAGUAUGGAGGGUUCAAUAAUGCGGAGGAUCGUGAGAGGGACUCUCAUAAUCCCUUUGCGGCGCGGAAAAAGCAUAAAGAGCAACAUAAUGAUUCUGAGUCCGAGCUCCAGCCUGAGUUUGUGGAUGACCAUCAUCAUUUUGACGAAUCUUCCCAUAACCCUCUCGACCACGGAGGUGGCUUCUUGCUACCCGGCGAAGCAGACGCAGACGCCGAUGAUGGCUUGAUUGUCGAGCAGCAUCAUGAUAACCAACGGACUGCAGAUCCUACCACUCUUUCUGGUAGAGAGAAUGAUGAUUCAAGCUUUGGGGAUACGGACGAGGAAGAUGAGGCUGACUCUGGGUCUGAGUAA